UCACAUGCCCCUAGGAAAGUUAUUAUAGGGAAACUAAAUAAUGUCUGUCAGAAACAGUGUAACUUUUGACAUUAGUAUUAGGUCUUUUGGAUUGUUUGCUGCGGUAAACUACUCUCCUGUAGGGGUAAUUACACCUAUGUGGCAGUUGUUGCUAUGGCAUCCCUGUGGUCUCCCUGAGUUACUACUUGCUCUAGUGACAACAUAAUAGCAGUAUUUUGUGACCUGUCUCUAACAAAAGAAUAUGAGACUGAUCUUUAGUUUUUACUCUGUGAAUAUGUUUUUCUGACUUACUGCUGUUUACUCCAAAAAAGAAACAUGCUCAGACCACGCUUUUUGCCUCCAGAUGACCGAGCAGUGCGAGCAAGUGAGAGAAAAGCUGCCAAGCUGCAUUUUAGUCAGUUGGGCAACAGUGAAAAUUUUCUUUUAGAGGUGGAAAAAAGCUCUAGGGAGAAGACAAUGAAAAACUGCAUGACAGAUGAGAGUUCUGCAUCAAAAGUCAAUGCUGAUAUUGAUAACAGAGUUGAAACUGACUCAAACAAAGGACUUUUUAUUCCCUUCCCCAACCGGGAAAUAAAGGAUUCUCUAACGAGUACUUCUGCAACCCAGGGCAAUGGUAUAGCAGAUCAGAAAUUGGACACUUACUCACUGGGGACACAGGAAGUGGCAAGAAGGGAGGUCCCAAGUGACAAUCACCAAGAAGAUGACUUCAGACGCUACUCUCCUCAUCAGUCCACAGUCCGAUCCCCAGAGAAGAUGGAUAGAGAAGGGUACCGACUAUCUUUUUUGAACAAUAAGUCUUCAGGUUCUUCUCCAGAAAAGGACUUGAUACUAAAGGCUGAUACUUACCAGCUUACCCAUGAUGUCUCAGUGGGUAAACGCCUGGAUGUGGGUGAUUCUAGCCAGAUCCAUCCCCAUCAGUUACCUUCAGAUGUUGGUCUAGAAAAUUAUGAUAGUCAUUAUUCUCAAAAUCUAUCCCUGCAUGGAAGUCUUGGCAAAAGGCCUCAGAGAAGCAAGAACUAUCGAGAAUAUAGCAUAAAACCUUCAAAUGACAUGAAGGCCACCACAUCCCAUUCCUGUGGAGACUUUCUGACUUCUCUGUCAAACCCUGACUUCAGCACCGGAAGGCUUUUGAAGCUUAGUUCAGAUCUGUAUGCCACAACCCAUUUCAACAGUGACCCUGCUUUGCUGGUCAAUGUAGAGCAACAAUUAUCUACCAGUCUCGGUGAUUUAACACCAGCACGUGGUUCUUUCCCAAACAACUCCACCCUGGGAGACUCUCUACGGACACUGCUAUUGCCUACUGUGACCUCAGAAAACAGAGAGAGUUUGACCAAGGGGUCAUUAAGCCCAUCAAGGAGAGGAUUCAAACGGAAGGACAAUCUCCUUGCCACCUUGAAUCCAAAGAUUGGUUUCCAAGAUGCUACCGGCAGCGAGCCUCUCUCUAGUGACCUGGGCAGUUUGCAUGGUUUGCCAGGGAACCACAGUCCCCUGAUUUCUGCCAGAACUUCCCAUGUGGCCACUGUCCUCAGACAGCUCUUGGAGCUUGUGGAUAAGCACUGGAAUGGCUCUGGCUCCCUCCUCCUUAACAAGAAGUUUCUUGGUCCUGCCCGAGAUUUACUUCUGACUUUGGUAGUCCCUGCUCCUUCCCAGCAGUGGUGUCACUCGCAUCCUGAAGACACAUCAAAAACCUUCCACAGCAGAGAGAUGGAACUGAAGGAGGCCGGGCAGGUGGUCCCUAAUGACAUGGAAAGUUUGAAGCAAAAACUGGUCAGAGUGCUAGAGGAAAACCUCAUUUUGUCAGAAAAAAUCCAGCAGUUGGAGGAAGGUGCUGCCACCUCGAUUGUGAGUGGGCACCAGCCCCACACUUAUGAUGAUCUUCUGCGCAAAAACCAACAGCUGACCAUGCAGGUGGCUUGCCUCAACCAGGAGCUUGCCCAGCUGAAAAAGCUGGAGGAGACAGUGGCCCUUCUCCAUGAAAGUCAAAGAUCCCUGGUGGUAACUAAUGAGUAUCUGCUGCAGCAGCUGAAUAAAGAGCAAAAAGGUUAUUCUGGGAAAGCACUCCUGCCUCCUGAGAAGAGUCAUCAUUUGGGGAGAUCGUCACCCUUUGGGAAAAGGACGCUGUCUUCCCCCUCACCAGUGGCACAUGACACGGGGUCAUGUCAGAGAGAGAGACAGGUGGGAAGAUUACACACUUAUUUGCUCCUCUGACCCAGGUACUCUUCAGGGAAGGCAAGCUAUUGCCACAGUAAUGAGACAUGAAGAUCACAACCAAGUUCACACACUUCUGAGUUAUAAAUUAAAUCCACAGGCCUCUGAAUUUUAUGGGGGUUCCCAAAAGGAGAAUGUAGAGAGGAGCCCUAAGUUUCUUUGAGUUGCAUGUCUUUGUAGAACCUAAAGUGAGCUCAUACUCUGUGGAAAUAGUAAAACAACCCACUUUCCUACUUUUCUAGGCCUGUCUUGGCUCUGUUGAGAGGCCUCAAACAAGUCUAAGCCUUGCCCAGGUAGGGUAGCCUCAGCCAGUAGCCCUAUAGCUCUGAGUUGUCAUAUUUCAGCGUCCCAGCACGGUACAUAGGCCAACUUACUGGGCUAAACCACUGAGGGAAAAAUAAUGAAUUUUCCCUCCAACUCCAGCUCUCCCUUUCUUGCCCUAUGAAUGUCUAAUAAUGCCAGACCCAGAACCUAUUCAGGGUACCUCUAAGGAGGAGCAAACUGAGUCAGUCACCUUCUACCCUAUUUUCUAUUGUCACUGAAAGUGGCUGGCCCUGCCCCUCUCUAGGGUUGCUGGCUACUUCUGGGAAAGUCAGCUGUUUCUUAAUUUCCCUAUGUGGCCCUUGGUCUAGAAGGCAGGGGCAAGAAUUGGUGGUGUCAAAGAAAGGGGCAUAGAGUUGUUGCCCUGUGGGGCUAAGUGAGCUCAACAUGGAGUGGGUGGAGUUUCUGGGCUCAGCCUGUUCUCUCUCUGGGCUGCUCUAAGCCACAUUGCCAGCAGCUGAGCUGCUGCUCCCCUAUACAUUGGAUAGUAUUCUCACCUGAGCUUAAUAACCUGAUCAAAUUGCAAUACAGUUAAAUUCUUUUUCACUAUGAGGAUAUUUUAGUAAAUGAAGGCCAGAAGGAUUUGGAUUUCACUCUUAACUGUGCUCACUUAAGUAAGUUCACAAUUCAGCAAAUUCUACAGGGCUGGAGGAAUCAUUCCUGUUACUGUUUGCUGGUGGGAGAGGUAAAGCUCUCUGAAACUCUUCCCUGGGCAAUGCAAAGCAACAUAGUCAACUGAGUCAGGAGGAGCCCACAGCUGUCAGCUGUUAGGUAAGGCUCUGCUGUGGCCAGGUGCUGACCUCCACUUUCUAAUUCCCACCUUGUCU